AUGGCCAGCACUGCAUUGCUCGAGGGCAAUGGCCUACUCGACAUGGACGAUGGCGCGGCGCCUUCCAACCUUUCGCAGCCCAGAGCUGACGAGCUGUUCCCGAGCACAUCCAGCGCGCUUCUCGACCGCGAUCUCAACAUACCCAGCCUCCCGACCUCGCAGAGUGAAGCCCAAAAGGCGCUCAACGCGUGGGGCUCCCGCGCAGCGUCCAGCUCUAAUGCUGCUACCUAUGCGCGCAGUCCGGUGCUCACCGGAGAGAUGGACUUUGACGGCGACCUCGAUCUCGACAUGCUGCUCGACGAAGAGACAGCGUUCACCCGCGAGAGGGCCGACCUGCAGCCACCAGCUUCCACGACGCGAGUAGAACAUGAUGACGACGAGCUCGAAGCUUUCUUGCUCGCCGAGGACGAGCACAUGGCGUCUCGGCCCCCGCAGCCGUCCUCUGCCGUACCGGCCUCAUUCGCGUCGUCACACAGGCAAGAUAAGCUUGCGAACGAGCCGACGUCGACCCAAGGUGCCUAUGCGGCGUCGUCGCGUGCGUCAUCGUCCGUCUCCGACCUGCUCGAGAGCAACGGCCUCCUCGGCCAGUCCUCUCAGCCCAGCUCCCAACACUCGAUUGUCUCGGCGCAGAAGCCGCAACCCGCGGCAGCAGAGGUCACCGUGGCCACCGUCGCUCCAGGCUCGUCGCGCGCGAUCGAGGCCUUGUCAAACUUUGAAGCGGAGAGUAUCUCGUCGCCACCUGCUCUCGCUAGCGGCAGCAGCGAACAUGCAGGUCCUUCGAGGCUCGCAGUUCGCCCGCCAUCCAACGUCAUCCCAAAGUAUAUCCCGGCGGGCUUCCUGCCGGCAACCACGAUGGACGGAACGGCGGUCCGCUUCGAGCGACGCAAGCGUAUGAAAGGCUGGAAGCCUCCGGCCAUCAUGACGGACGUCGACGCAUCGCAGCUCCUCGAGCGUCCCAUCCAUCAGCUGCUCGAAGCGGUGGAAGCGCUCAAGGCACUCGAUGUGGUGGAGCAGAAGGAAGCCCAAGAUCGCCAGACUCGUCACGCAGCGUGCUCGGCCGACGCUGACGGUGUCCGCACGGUCGGCUCGCAGAUGUGGGUCGACAAGCAUCGCCCCGCCAAGUUUACAGAGCUGCUCGGAGACGAGAGAAUCCAUCGCGAGGUGCUGGGCUGGCUCAAGGAGUGGGACGAAUGCGUCUUCAAGCGCAAGAACCAUCGUAAGGAGCGCCAUCGUCAGUACAUCCAGGCCAAAUACGGCCCUCCUACGGGCAGCUUCGGCGACAAAUCGGGCGACAACGUCUUCAAGGAUCCUCACGGCCGACCCAAGGAGCGCGUCAUGAUGAUCUCGGGCCCGCCCGGUCUUGGCAAAACCACUCUGGCCCACAUUGUCGGUGCGCAUGCCGGGUACAACGUCUACGAGCUCAACGCCAGUGACGCGCGCUCGGCAGGUGCCGUCGAGGACGUGAUCAAGAUGGCGCUCGAGUCCGGCAGCUUGAAGGAUCCUCGGCCGACGCUCGUGGUCAUUGAUGAGAUCGACGGAGCUACGGGCGGUGGUGGCGGCGCUUCCGGCGAGUCGCACGGUUUCAUCCGUGCGCUCGUCCGGCUCAUCGAGUCGGGCAAAGGCUCCGAUUCCAAGGCCGGCGGCCUUGCGGCACGAGGAAAGAAGCAGCGCAAAGGAUCCAAGCCGCUGCUUCGACCCAUCAUCUGCAUCUGCAACGAUCUGUAUGCGCCCUCGUUGCGUCCUUUACGACCCAUGGCCAAGCUCGUGCGAUUCCACAAGCCGCCCACCAACCUCGUUGUCAAGCGUCUGCGCGAAGUCUGCGAGGCCGAGGCGCUCUCGGUCGAGACUCGCGGCCUUUCAAUGCUGGCCGAGCUGACCAGCGGUGACAUCCGCUCGUGCCUCAACGCGCUCGAGUUUGCCAAGACAAAAAACAUGGCGCUCACCGAGGCCGCCGUCAAGAACGCUGCGAUCGGCAUCAAAGACACGGGCGGCACCGUCCAAAAGGCGUGGGAGAUGCUCUUCCGGCGUCAGAACCGCAAGCAGGCCGCGACGUCGAGCAUGAAGGGAGCGAAUGUGCAAGCCACCAGCGCCGAAAACGCACCCUGGAACUCUUCGCGAAAGGCCACGGCUCCGGAGCUGACCUUGGACGGCAAGGACAAGCAGAAGGACUUUGCCCUGGUCGACACGCCUCAGGAGAACGUCAGUCGCAUCAUCCACGAGGUGACGAGCUGCAACGAGUACGAGAAGCUGGCCUUAGGCUGCUUUGAGCACUAUCCGACGCUGCGUGCUGCUGACGGUGGAUGGAAGCGAUACCGACAGGUGCACGACUGGCUGCAUUUCGGCCAGUGCAUCUCCGCGCGUGCUUGGUCGAACGGCAACUUUGAGCUGCUCGGCUUCAUGCCGUGGUCGUUUGUCUGCUGGCAUCUGCUCUUCGCCCAUGUCGGCAACGCGCUGCCCGAGUAUCCCAAGGUGGACUACGAGAACCACCUCAAGUCCUCGGCCUUCAACGAGAUCGUGUCGCAGAUCGCAACCGCGCUUCCGGCCGGCGUGCGCUCGCAGUUCAACCGACAUGCGGUCAUCACCGAGCUGGGACCGUCCUUGAUGCGGAUUCUCACUCCAGACCUGCGUCCGAUCAACAAUCAGCUGGCUCGCGCCGAGGACAAGCAGGUGUUCAGCUCGCUGGUCGCGGUGAUGAACUCGCUCAACAUCAAGUUUGUGCCGGACAAGAUCUCGGAGGAGGAGGCUGCUGUGGUGGGGCAGAGCGCCGGUACGCUGGUGUACAAGUUGGAACCGCCGCUGGACGUCUUCACUCAGUUUGAGGGCAAACGGUCCAAGGACGUUGGUCCGUCGCGCUUCGCCGUUCGGCAAUUGGUGGCGAGAGAGAUGGAGAGGCAGCUGCUGCGCAAGAAUGCGGGUGUCGACGGUGGAGAAGAGGAUGCUGGUUCCACCUCCAAAUCGGCCACGGCGGUGUACAGAACGAAGGGCGCAAAUGCGGGCACAGGCCCGGAUCCCGCCAAGGCCAAAGAGGGCAAAGUCGCCGUCGACUUUUUCGGCCGACCGAUCGUAGCAAAGGCUGUAAAGGCGGAUGAUCCGCUGUCAGCGGUGCCCAUUCCAGAGGGCAUGGGUGGAAAGAAGAGAAAAGCGCCGACUGGAACGGGCGCCCCUGCAGCAGCCUCGACAACGCAAGGCGAAGCAACGCCGGCCUCCGCCGCCGAGGCUUCCGCUGCUGCGAGAGGCGAGGAGGAGCGCAAAGCCACUGACGAUGCAGGCGACACGAACAUCAAGGUGUUCUAUCGCUACCACGAAGGCUUCUCGAAUGCCGUCCGACGACCGAUGAAGAUGUCCUCGCUCCUGUAA